AGCAGAGCGAUAUCUCCGUGAUGGCGGCUCAGUUCGAGGAGCACCGCGCCUUCGCCCUCGAGUGUCACCUGCACGGCAUACGGCCGGCCGGAGACCGCGGCGUGUGGACCGGCGUGGCCAGCGAGUUCUUCAAAGACAUGAUCGACAAGUCCAAGAAGCUCUUCCUAGUCUCCAAACUGCCGGCCGGCGGACAGCGUCCCUCUCAGCUCUCCUCGCUGCCAUGUGACCUGGAGGCGGAGGAGCACAAGACGGUCAGCGCGCUGGAGCCGACGCGCCGCAUCCGCACCAGCCUGGCCGGGAAGCUGGUGGAGCAGGGGCUGGCCUUCAGUAACAGCCGGUCCGCCAACCUGUGCGAGACGCUCGGCGCCGCGGAGGAGGAGGCCGGCGGUCUGGCGGCCUCGCUGCAGUCGGCCGUGCGCGGCACCCGUCCGCCGGGCGCCGACGGCUCCGGCGCCGACGGCGAGCUGUCCAACGACCUGGACGGAGCGGCGGCGGGAACGGGAGGCGGCUCGCGCGCCUCGGACGGCACGCUGGGAGCCGAGGAGCCGGCCACGCCCUGUGAGGAGGACCAGGAGAUUCCGCUGGGCGCCGACUGGGCCACGCUGCGCGCCGCGGCCGCCGCCGCCGCCGCUGCGGCCUCGUCGGCGGCGGGCUCGUCGGUGGCGGCGGCGGAGGCGUCGGCGGCCCCGGCGCCGGCCGAGGGGUGCGUGACGCCGCCGGGCGAGCCGGGCCGACUGGAGAUGAGCAUGCUGGCGGCCGAGGAGGCGGCCGAGCUGGUGCAGCAGCGCUCGGCAGAGGAGGACUGGCUGCCGGCCGUGGUGCCCAGCGAGACGCGACUGCGCGCCAUCCCCACACACGUCACCAUGGCCGGCUCCAUCUACCUGCACACAUACCCGCGAGGCAAGGAGACGUUGGACGUGAUAAAGCAGGCGCUGAAGACUCAGUUCGAGGGCUCCCAGCCGAGGCCCUGCGACAGCUACUGGUUUGACGGGCAGCCGUGCAUCGCCAAAUACUACCUGGACGAGGGCUGGUACCGCGCCCGGGUACUGCAGGUGCACAAGGAGAAGGUGACGGUACAGUUUGUCGACUACGGUAACACUGACCGCGUCAGUCCGACUGAGCUGCGCAAAAACAUCAUCAUGGAGUACGUGCCGAUCCAGGCGCUGCUCUGCGAGCUGCACAACAUCGUACCGCUGGCCGAGGACGGCAACUACUCAGUGAAGGCGCUCAACUUCAUCCACUCCCAGAUCGUGGAGCGCGAGUGUCACGUGGAGAUCCACCACUUCAACGCCGACUCACGACGCUUCUUGGUGUCGAUCCGUUUAGCGCAGAGCGGCCUGGACAUCAGCGAGCUGCUGGUCAAGAUGGGUGACGCGCGCUACAUGACAGACGCCGAGCUGUCGGCGGCGGCGGCCGGCGCCUCGGGCCCGCUGUUGGACGUGCUGCUGCACCGCUCGCCCUACCCGCGGCUGGCGCUGCCGGCCGGCGUGCUGGUGCCCGUCACCGUGGCGGCGCUGCUCAGCCCGGCGCGCCUGCUCGUGCAGCCGCAGCGCGUGGCCGGAGAGCCGAGCCCCCAGCUGCGACUGCUGGCCCAGCACCUGACAGAGAUCGACCAGCUGGCCGACCGGAUGGCGGACGAGGCCGGCGCGCAGCCGCCGCUCGGCGACCCCUGCGUCGGCUCUCCGUGUCUGUCGCUGUACUCGGCCGAUAACGCCUGGUACCGGGCUGUCAUCACCGCGCUGGAGAAGGACCGGGCCACAGUACAGUACGUCGACUGGGGCAACAACGAGACCGUCAGCGUGUCCAGUCUGCGGGAGAUACCGGCGGCGCUGCGCACCCUGCCGGCCUGGACGCUGCUGGUGGAGCUGUGCCGCCUGGCGCCCGCCGACGCUUCCGGGUGGUCGCCGGAGGCCUUCAGUGCCAUGCAGGAGUGCCUCUUCAACCCAGACGUACAGCUCUGGGUGCGCGUCAAGCAGAGUCUGCGGGAGCCGCCGCUUGUCGAGUUGGUUGUGUUCGACGACCCGGCGGCCGCCGAGGUGAAGACCCGCCUCGCCUACCAGUCGGUGGUGGACCGCGGCCUGGUGAAACUGGCCACCCCCACCCACCGCUAGGAGCGCGCUGCCGGGGGAGGGGGGCAGCACCGCGCUGCGGCCUGGUGAAACUGACCACCCCCACCCACCGCUAGCCGCUGCCGGAGGGGACGGCAGUGUUCCGAGGCUGCCCGUCAGUGGAGGGAGCCCACAGGCCGUCAGUGAGGGUAUCUCGCUGACGACCCUGGCCGUCAGUGAGGAGUAUCUCGCAGACCCUGGCCGUCAGUGAGGGGUAUCUCGCUGACCCUGGCCGUCAGUGAGGAGGUGGUGAGCGAGUGAACAGACCCUCGGCUGCCACUGAGAGACACAGUCCACAGCGGUGGCCGGGGCCGGGACCAACAGGAUCAAACUGAACGCCGCGGACGUGUUGUCGCUUAAUCCGGAGUGUCGUUCCGUCGUCGUUACGCCCGGCCGGUGGGCAAUGGUACAACGGCCUGUCGUAGUGCCUUUGCGCCAGCUGUGCGCGGUCGGCCCGCCUUUGCGCUAGCUGUGCGCGGUCGGCCCGCCUCUGCGCCAGCUGCGCGCGGCUCUACGCUACUCUGCGCCAGCUGUGCGUGGUUGGCCCGCCUCUGCGCCAGCGGUGCGCGGUCGGCCCGCCUCUGCGCCAGCUGUGCGCGGUUGGCCCGCCUCUGCGCCAGUUAUGCACGUUUGGUCCGUUAUGGCUGUGUUUAGAGUGUUUUCCCAGUGACAGUUUGACCUAAUGUUUCAGCGACAAACUGCGGAUCUUGUUCAGUUGAGAAGAGAAAUACAUUUCUAUUAUUA